GAGUUUCAACUCGACUCAGGACGAUACGAGUCUGUCCGAGUCGUCUAGCGAGGGAAACCAUGCUACUAGUGUCCAGAAAAGAAGAAGGAGAGUCCUUUCUUUAUACUCUCUAUCUAGAAGAGAAUAAAAUACUCCAUCCGAUCCCUUUCGUUAUCUUCGAAGAAAUCGUCUCCCUUCUCCCAAUCGAAAAUGGCAGAAAACGACGAUCGAAACCUCCAAACCUCCAAUACUCCCUUCAAAACCUCCACUACUAAUCUCAACAGCCUUCAAUUCGGUCUUACGACGGAGAAUUCUCCAUGGGUUCCACCUCCAGAUUCCGUUUCAGAGAUCAAGGGAUCGGAGAUUCCACAGAAUCCGAAAGCAAUUCGGAAUCUUCGUCCGUUUCUGGUCUCGCCGAUGACGAUUCCGAGCUCGAAUCCAUGACCGGAAAGGGAAUAAAGCGCCUUUGUUCAGAGCUCCUUGAACUAAAGAAGGCAUCAGAUGAUGAUUUUCACAGAAGUGUUUAUUCAAAUUACUCAGAAUUUAUUAGAAUAAUGAAAGAAGCAGAAGUCCUGGAAAGUGAACUGAUGGAACUGAAAAAACAUCUUUUAAUCCAGAGAAAGCUUUUACGCGAUCUUAAGAAUGGCAUCUAUUUAGAGAUUCUACCGGAGGAGUCGACGGAAUCGUAUAUCGAGGAAUAUUCUGAUUCUGAGCUAUGUCCUCUGAGCCAAUUAGAGACUCUCACCUGUGCUAUUACAGAAACACUGGAUAUUCUUCUGUCAGAACAUAGACUUGAUGAAGCUCUAAUCAUUCUGGAAAGGGAGCACGCAACUUUACAACAGAUACAGUCAGAAGAAGAUUUUCCACCUCAAAUUGUAACUUCUUACAACUCGGAAAUAUCAGAAAGGAGGAAAAGGCUUGCAGAUCAAUUUUCCCUGGUUGCUGAACACCCAAGAACAGCUGCACUAGAACUCCAAAAGGCACUGUCUGGGCUGUGCAGUCUUGGUGACUGUCACAGGGCAAAUCUUUUGUUGUUCCAAUUCUACCAAUCACGUCUAGCUCGUGGCAUGCAUGAUUUGCAGUGUUCAAAAUCAUAUCUGCCUGAUAUAUACAUCAGAGAACUUGCAAAGUUUGUGUUUUCCGUGAUCUCACAAGCAGCCACAAGCUUUAUAAUCUUAUAUGGUGAAACAUCUCCAUAUACUUCAGAACUUAUCCAGUGGGCACGGGAAGAAACAGAAAUGUUUGUUAGCUAUUUUGAUAGACAUGUCAAGUCUAUCUCAGAAACAACUGGCGGCUUGUCUUUGGCAGUAGAAUCUGUGAAACAUGCAAUAUCAUUUUGCUCUUUGCUAGAAUCUCAGAGAAUAUUGCUGCGGCCAUACUUGAUCAAGCUAAUCCGCCCUUGUAUGGAAGGGGUAUUACAGAUGCAUAUAAACCAUUUUAAAAAAGUCAUUCGUAUCUUUGCAACAACUGAUACUUGGGUCCUAGGUAAAUUUCUGACUUCUGGACUUGUUAAGGAUAGGCCCUCUCAUGUAAGGACCGGUGACAAUGUGGAAUACUGCCAGCUUAGUAACAGUGGACGGAAGUUUGUUACCCUGAUACAGGCUAUCAUUGAAGACGUUUCUCCAUUGCUUCUCCUCCAAAUGGAAAGUUCAAUUCUCAAAGGACUUGCAGAUCUCUUCACUGAGUAUGUUGACAUCCUCAAAAGAUCCAUCCCAAGUGAAGCAAAUGUUGUUGACAAAGGUGGUCUGAGAACCAAUUCAGCAAAAACAUUGCAUCAACAGCUGUCCCUUCUAGUCAAUUCAGCUACACUUGUGAUACAUUUUUUCUCUAGCAUUGCUGGGAGUAUAUUUAAGGGCAUCCAAAGCUCAUAUGAUGAGAUAUUAACAGAGGACAGAGAACAUUCUCAACAAAAGGAGCUUGAUAACUGGAUCUUCUCAGUUCAAGAAGCUGGAGAUCAACUUAGAUGUUAUUUCUGCCAGCAGUUUGUAUUAAGUGUCAUGACACAUGCUGAAGGUGGACAAGAACUAAGCUCCGAAACAUAUGUUCAUGGUCAGAGUGAAUCUGUCUCCGUGCAGGAUCAGAUGCCUUCUGCUGCUUUCCAGGUGUUGUUUCUACAACUGAGGCGUUUGGAGAAACUUGCUAAAGAUGUCUUUGUUGGAGUGGAUUGGGUGGUGGAAGACCUAUUGAGGGAGCUUAUAGAGGCCGUAUUUGUUUGGCUCUCAAAUAACCAGGAGUUCUGGACAGUUAUAGGAGGGAGCUCAAUCGUCCAACAAACUAGCAAUUUCAACCAGUUUCUUUUAGAUGUGCAAUUUCUGGUGGAAAUUGCAAAGUUUGGGGGAUACUUUACGGAUAAGCUGAUGGAUGCUUCCUUAGCUCUUAUAGACAGCAUGGAAACAUCAUUUGUUGAAGCUGGGAUCAAUCCCAAUGGUGAUGUACUUGAUGAUGGGCGGGCUGUGAAAUCUGCCAAAGCAGUGAUUGACAGGCUACUGGAGAUCGAGAAAACAAAGUUGCCUCCUGCAGAAGGUUCUCUUAUGGGUACUCUCAAAGAGUAUUCUGAAAACCAACAAUAUAGAGAUGGGGAUGCUAGAAGUUCCUGGGGUGAUUCUGUUGACAUGGAAGAUGGACAGGCAACAAAUGCAGCUUUAUCACCUAUCAGCAGGCUACAAGACAUGGAGAAGGCUGAAGUGACACCCUCAGAAGGAUCUACAGAUGUCCUUGAAGAGGAAGUUUCUGAUGAUGAAAUUUCUCAAAGUUCCUCGGACAAUGCCAUGGACUCGGAGGACCCACAAGUAGAAAAUGCAGCUAACAAAGCAAUUAGCAAUCUGCAGGAAUUCGAGGAAGCAGAAUCACAAAAUGUGGAAGGAUCUGUGGGUUUUCUUGUGGAUGAUUGUGAUAAACCAGGGGAAGAGACGGAGGCAUCUGUUGAGGAGUGUGCUGCAAGCUCCUCCAAUGAAUCCAUUACUUGCUCAGAUGAACGGUUAGAAAAUGCAGCUGAUUCGGUGAUUAAAGAGAUCCAAGAUAUCCCAGAACCAGAAUCAUCAGCCAUAGAAGGCACUGUGCUAGUCCUAGAAGAAGAUUUUAAUAAACAGCUACUUGGAGACGUGAGCAACCAUGUCGAGGAGAGUAAUAGAAAUUCCUUAGACUUGAGAGAUGGUUGGGCUUCAAAUGUAGUGGUUGAUGAGCGAACGGAAUCCAAUGUAAUGGAAUUUCCAGAUAUGGAAGGGUACGAGUUCGUUCUGGACGAAGUUCCAGACCAACAUGGAAGGGGAGAUGUCGACAACUCUGUUGAGGAAGAGGACACAUAUUAUUUCUCAGUAGAAUCAGAAGAUGGACACGAGUGUCCCAAAGGCUUCAAUUCUGCAGAAUCUCAAUAAGCUCCAAUCACAAUUUGUGACCUUGGGUCUGUAAUUGCAUGAGUUGGGGCUGCUCUUGACAUGCAGCAUGUAGUCAGUGCUUGGCCAUAGCCAGCAUGGUGAUGUGAGGGGUAAGUUUAUGUAGAAUAGUUGCAAAACUAUGGGAAAAUUUUCAAAAUAACUACCCAGUGUGAGUUCUCUUCACUCAAUACUAGUAUAGUCACUUCAAGUCCAUUAGGUUUUGAGCAGGUGAUGAUGCAUGGGGCCCAUAACCUGAUCCUGAUCAAGCUACAUGCAUCGAGUGUAAGGCAAACUCCACAUCAAUCCCUAGCAUUUGCUCAUAAACUAAUAAAGAAACUCCGCAUUGAUCAGGACCAUCCACCUAGUGGCCCCGCCUUGGGUUCUCAGCCUCAGACGGUCAGAUUCCCUUUAAUUGGACAACCACAAUAGUCAUAAGCAAAUUCAGAAUUUCCUGCCCACAUGUUAGAGAGCUGUAUUUCUCGUCUCCUUUUAAAUUGUCCAAUAUGUAUGUAGUUUUUGGAAGUUCUCCAGUACUCAAACAGCCAUCAGAUGCAACAAGAGAAUUCUGUUAAGCAUCUUGCACCAGCUAAAAUAGCGCCAUGAAGGCCAGCUGUUGCUGUGAAUUGCGAUCAUGAGUAGGAAACUGAUGCUGAGGUGGCCAUGCAGAGUCCAAUAUACAGUGGUUCAAAUUGAGAUGUAGGGGAAUGAUAUCAGCUUGAUUAGACAAUCCUGACCUUUAAUUGAUGGAACAUUUUUAUUGUUGAA